AGAAGCAUGAGCACGAGAACCUGCCCGUGAGUCAACACUCUGGGAUCCUCUCCAACCUAGGAAACAACAUUUCCUCUCCCAACUCCGAGCCAGAUCACCAUGCACUUUUAGAUGAGAAAGAGGACUCUUACUUCUCGGAAAUCCACAACUUCAUUUCCAACAGUGAGAUGAACCAGGCAUCCAGCUCCACAGACAAGAGGUCAGAACUUACAGAGGAGGAGCGUCUGUCGAGCCACGGCCUGUCCAGCUCCCGGGGGCUAGAGGAGGAGGAGGCGGAGGGAGAUGAUGAAGAGGAGGACAAAGGCAGCCUGAAGGAGGAGGAGCGUCCGUCGAGCCACGGCCUGUCCAGCUCCCGGGGGCUAGAGGAGGAGGAGGCGGAGGGAGAUGAUGAAGAGGAGGACAAAGGCAGCCUGAAGGAGGAGGAGCGUCCGUCGAGCCACGGCCUGUCCAGCUCCCGGGGGCUAGAGGAGGAGGAGGUGGAGGGAGAUGAUGAAGAGGAGGAGGAAGAAGGCAGCCUGGUGGAGAAAUUUCAGGACGAAGCGCCCAAAUCCCCCUCCCCGAUCACCAUGGUCACACCGGGGGCAUACGAAGAUGAAGAGGGGGAGGGAUCGGAGGAAGCCACACCGUUGGCUAUAAGCUACAAACACACCCGCAGGCUUAUGUAAUGAUGCUUUCUCUGUCGGAGAACAACCCUUUGCACGCAUCCUCCCAGAACUCACUGGAUGCCUGGCUGAGCAUGGGAGGGGGGCCGUCCGAGACGAGCAGUUUUUACCCACUCAGACACAUCUAAGAGAGUUAGGAGGAGGGAUGAAGCCUACUGCGGAGGAGAACUCAACAACACAUAGUCCUGGCCUGAGAAGAGAGAGGAUUUGUGGCUCCUGCCCUUCUGUGUGUGUGUGAGUGUGUACGGGGGGGCCUCUAAGAUAGACACUCACAGGCAGAGAUCAAAGUAGCACUGCUCCACCCGUGUAGAGGGGUGAAGGACGUCCCAGGAAGGACCACCCCACUCCAUUCCAGCGAAGCCCUCUAGUUGAACUCUCAGAGACAGUCACGUUUCAGUAUGCCACUGCAUUACUAGGGGAGCAAAACGUUUAUCUAGACACAGUCUACAACAGCAAUUUCUCAAUAGCUUCAUAUACAGUGACAGUAGGUCUGGAAUAUGUGCAUUGCAUGUCCAUAGGGGGGCGCUCUUCUCACUCGGUGGGAGGAGCAAAAGUAUCAACACAUAAUGGGGGAGUACUAGCUCAUUCACCCAAAGAACUCCCCCCAUCCUCCUCAUCUUAUCAAAUGACUUCACACUCUCCAUUCCUGUUUGAAAUCAGUAAUACCACAAUGCUGAGUGUUACAGCAGGAAACGGCACUCUGGUUUAUAAAGAAAGUACAGGACGAUGAUAUCAUGGAGGUUGACCCACCCCCAACAUAUAAUGUGCAUUACAGAGGACAAAGUCUCGCCUGGUGAGCAAGAGAUUUUACAUUGACAACCAUUGGUUAGAGUAGGGGAUAAUGUAUUUUCCCCUCUUUUGCUCAUUUGUUAACUUGAUUCCAUUUUGUGUUUUGCUUUUUGAUAAACAGUAUUGUCUCUUUUUAGGCACCUCCGUGCUCAAAUGUUAAUAUAAAUAUAUAAAUAGUGAAGGGCCAAAAUUGUGUGAUAUUGUUGUAUGAUGUACAAAAUAACCUGGACGUUCAUGGCAAGAGUGGUAUGUGCCAAAUAACCCGUAGAAAAGGAUUUGUUCCCUGACAAGCAUUUCUUUUCCAAGGGUUUUCAUAGCUGUCAAAGAUGAUGUGAUUACUUUCUUCUAUAUUUCAUUUAAAGACUGGGUGGAUUCUAUUUAUUUGGGUAAACAUUUUGGGGUCACGAUUGGAGACAAGUGACAACUGAAAAAGUGUUUUUUUUCUCUCUCUCUUUUACUUGUUGCUGAAGGAAUGAAAUUGAAUCGAAACGCAAGUGAGAUUGUGAGUCUCGGUUUCAAUGCUUUUUUGUGUAAAGACCAGUGUGCCAAUCGGAUGCUUUUAUUUAUAGUGACAUGGUAGUUCUAGGUUGUUUAGAUCAGUGGUUCCCAACCAGGGGUACUAGAACCCCUGUGGGGUACUUGGUCUAUCCACAGGGGGUACUUGAGGAGACUAUGGGCCUACUGGUAAAAUGCACAUGAAGGGGUACUUCAGGGGUACUACGGGCAGAGCAAAAUUCAGUUGGUGGUACAAUAACUGGAAAAGGUUGGGAACCACUGAUUUAGAUCAUGUUUGCAAUGUUGUGUCUAUCGUGUGGUUUGAUGAUUCUCGCUUCAGUUGAACAAAUGCAACCAGUAUGCUGAGUGUUUUGUGUUCAAGGUGGUUGAAUUCUUACAUUGGCUAUUUUGGAAAUUGCAGCCUUUACUAUGAUUGUCAGGUGAUUUGGAUGCCAGGGCAUUGUAUUGUUAGCUUGUAAUUUAUCCUAAGUUUGAGCAAAUCACUUUUACUCUACAAUAAAUCCCAUCAACAUGUUAACUUAACCAGUUUAUCAGUGCUCCGAUUCUGCGUGAAUGGUUUCCAUUUUGUAGGAAUUCUUAUUUUUAAAUGUGACCAUGUGGUUGUAGAAAAGAACAUCUCAGCCCCAUCAUAGAUGAAAUAGACGUUGUUUGUCAGAUAGUGUCCAACUACAGUGUACCAUGCCAUCAUAUUUCCACUCUUUAGUUGAAGGGUCUGUGCUAUCCGGAAUCCUUGGGACCCCAUUGAAAUGUAAAAUGGCUAAGGUAAGGAUCCCGGAUAGCACUGACUUUUUUUUUUUACCUUUAUUUAACCAGGCAAGUCAGUUAAGAACAAAUUCUUAUUUUCAAUGCUGGCCUAGGAACAGUGGGUUAACUGCCUGUUCAGGGGCAGAACAACAGAUUUGUACCUUGUCAGCUCAGGGGUUUGAACUUGCAACCUUCCAGUUACUAGUCCAACACUCUAACCACGAGGCUAACCCACCUUACUUGAAGUAGCUUUACUCUCAGGGUCAAAUGGUUCUGUAAGUUGUAUUGACUCUAGUGACUUGCCUAGUUAAAUAAAAAAUGAAAAAAUAGCUUGAUAAUUCACCCCUUACUUCAGCUGUGUCUGAGAUGUAUUUAUUGUCUGUAAGGGGUUUUAACACCCAGCAUAACACAUUUACUGUACUGUGAGGAGUAAACCUGACUGGCCUCACUUAAAAUAAUGAUGACCUUGGGAAAAAAAAUCUACAUCUAAUUGAAGCACUGUAAUCAUUUCUUUUGUCAGCAGGUGGCAGGGUGAUACUAGUUUUGCUGCAUAAAUCCUCUUAAGGAUCCGCCCCUUUUUAAAAAUGUUUUCCUAAAAUAACAUACCCAAAUCUAACUGCCUGUUGCUCAGGACCUGAAGCAAGGAUAUGCAUAUUCUUGGUACUAUUUGAAAGGAAACACUUUGAAGUUUGUGGAAAUGUACUACUGUAAUAAGUGUGCGCUGUUAUGGAUCCACAUUGAAGUCAAAGAUCACAUUGUUGUCUCUCAAAUACAUAGUUACAGUUGUUGCUUAGCUAGCUAGCAUUUUUUUUGCCAUAUUAACAUAGAAGUGUCAUCAAUCAAAACACCUCAAAACAAAGACAUGGUAUCAAGAACAAGGUAAAACUAGCUGAAACGAGUUACCCACGAUUCACAUGUCAGCUUCUUGUCAUUGUUGCUAGCUAGCUAUGUGGCCAUCCAGAAUCACAACACACAAGACGUCUGCCCCAUUGAAGCGCGCUCAUCGUUUUCAUUAUGUUUUCAGCUAACCAGGGUAUAGUAUUUUCACAAACAAUGUUGCAUUAUGUCCAAAACAUUCAAUGAAAAGAAAUGGGUUAAAUGGAUGGUGCUCGUUUCAUUUGAAUCUGAGUUGUAUCACCUCUGUUAAUGUUUAUAAAAAAUAUAUAUUGUGCAUGAUGUGUUUAGCAGUCAUAAUGAUGUCCAUUUGUGAAAUGUGCAUCUUAAAUUUAAAAGUGAAAUUUUAAAAAGAAAUGAAUCUGUAGAUGCACUUAUUGUACGUGGUUGGGUUAGUAGGUUUGACUUCAAAUCAAUACAAUACAAAUGUAUUGUGCAGGUGGUUCUUAAAUGACUAUAAAAAAGCUUGUGGCAGAGAGAUGUAAUAAAAAAAAUGAAAGGAUUGUAGAAUAACAUGGAUCAAUUCUGAAAUUGCAGUUUUUUUAAUGCUUGUGAUUAUUGAAGAAAUGUUAUUGAAAUGAUAUGAUUCUGAUGAUAGAAAUGUAUACCAAAUGUAAUCUUUCCAAUGUUAUGAAGAAUUUAUACAUGAAAUUGAUAUGCAAUAAAACCUGUGUGCUUUUUA